AUGUCUUCGUCUAGCGGCUCCGAUUCUGGCUCCGAUUCUGGAGAUGAGGCCACCUUUGGCCGCUUGUUGAACAUCGCCGCGGCCGACCUCGUCGCCCUCGGCUCACGGAUACGCGAGCUUCUUUCCAAGACCAAGACCUCCAAUGGUAGCCUCAGCGAAACUUUCAGUGGUUCUUUCAAUCUCGUGCACAUCCUUCAGCUUGACGAGGCUAAGAUGGUCAUUCGCAUUCCAACAACCGGUCAGUUUGGCGACUUGCCUGGUCCGGCGAAAGAAGCGCUUGAGUCGCAAGUCCAUACCUUGAAGUAUAUCAAGGAACACACAGGCAUCCCCGUGCCUGAAGUCUUUCACUUCGACACGACGGCAAAUAAUGAGAUCGGCGCGCCUUAUAUUGCCAUGAGCUACAUCAGCGGACGCACAGUCUCACGCCUUUGGUUCGACGCCAGUGGACCCACGCCGCUCGAGGAGAGGCGGCAGACAAUCCUGAAGCAGCUUGCCCAAACGAUGUCGCAGCUCAAUAAACUGCGAUUCGACAAAAUCGGAUCGCUGGUCCCAAGCAGCCAAGGCAGCGAUUACGAACUCGGACCGUGCUAUGAAUGGGACGAAGCGGAGGAUGAAUCAAUCAGUAUUACCUCUUCAGGUCCGUUCUUAACAACAAAGUCCUUCCUGGAGAAAUUCUGGGCUCCAACAAAUGAACAAAGCGAGUAUGCUGUUGGUGCUGCUAAGGUCUUGGAGGAAAUGCUACCCUUCUUACCCCAAUCUACUGAGUCCACGUACGUGCUGGCUCUCCCCGACUUCGAUUCUCAGAACAUCAUGGCCGACGAUCAAGGCAACAUCACCGGUUUGAUCGACUGGGACAAUGUGCAGACGGUGCCUGGCUUUAUGGGAUGCCUACGGUAUCCCGGCUGGAUCACUCGCGACUGGGACCCACUCAUGUACGCUUGGCCUCAAGACAACGAGAACUCACCAGACGAGUUGCAGAAGUACCGGGCGUACUACCUGCAAGAGAUCAAGCAGGCCCUUGAGCCACAAGGUAGCGAAGACUACAGGCUCACCGAGAAAUCCCACAUCUAUGAGGCCUUUUGGAUUGCUGUGGCGAAUGUGGGAAACAGGACAAGCAUUUGUCAAAAGUUCGUCGACGAGGCCAAGCGAAUGGUCGACGAGGAGGAGAUGCCGGAUGGGUUGGACCAAGACGCUCUCAAUGUACUUUUUGACAUUGCAGAGGAAGAGCUGGAGGAUGAAGAUUGGGAGAGCCUAAGAAAAGGGCUCGAGGCACUGAUGACAAGCGAACAAUGA